AUGUUCACAGUCACCAGAUCCCCCUUGUAUGACUUCAACACUUUGUUCCAUACUUUGGACUCAGUGAACCAGUACCAGCAGGCUCAGCAGCUCUUGCAGCAGCAGUACGAAGCCUCAAGACCCAAGAUUGUCAAGAAGGUGGAAACCGAAGACAAAUACCAGAUCCAGAUCUUCAAGAAGUACGGCAACUUCAACUCGUACGAAGUCAAGGUGUUGCGCAAUGCUGCUUAUGGUAACAGCAAUUUGAUCAACUUGGUCAUUGAAUCGAGACGCGACGACUUCCGUAAGGUGUUCCAGUUCAACUUGAACGACAUUGAGGUUCGUGACAUCGACUGGGAGUACUUUGAAGAGGACAAUGUGUUGGUGUUGAAUAUUCCCAAAAAGAUCAAGUAUUGUGCUGACGAUUACAUUAACUCUUUGCUUGCGGGUAUGCUUGGUGUUCCUAGUGUCCAGUCGUUACCUCCUGCUUCCUGCCACUGCGAACACAGAGAAAGAAAGCAUAGACAUAGUAAGGACAGAAGAAGAGACAAAGCUGAAGCCAGAGCGGAAGCUGCCAGGGCUGAGGCUGAGGCUGCCAGAAUAGAGGCUGCUAGAAAGGAAGCUGAAGAAAGAGCCAGACAAGAAGCUGAAAGAGCAAGAAAGGAGGCGGAAGAAAAGGCCAAGAGAGAAGCUGAAGCUGCUAAAAAGCUCGCUGAACAGAAAGCAGCCGAGGAGAAGGCGAGAAGAGUUGCUGAAGAAAAGGCCAAAAGGCUCGCUGCCGUGAGAGCCAAGAAGCAAGCAGACUUAGCUAGAAAGCAGAAGGAAGAAGAAGAAAGAGUUGCUAGAGAGAACUUGCAGAAGCAGCAGGAGUUCCUUCAGGCCCUCUUUGGUGGUGCUUUCCCGUUCAAGUUUGUUGACUCCCAGAUGCCACAGAUGUCACAAAAGCAAACGCAACAAACUCACCAGAAAGAUGAAUCAGAGCCAGUGAAGCAAAGUGUGCCUGUCAAGAUUUACGAUCAAAGACCGGAGCAGCCAAAGGAGACCAAUCAAGAACCUGCUUCUCAAAAGGUUGAAGACAAUGAAGCAGCCAUUGUUAGUGAGAGCGAGCCUGAAUCUGAUACGGAGUCAAUUCAGUCUGACGCCUCUACGCCUGACUCCUCCAGAUCAUCUUUGAAGAGGAGCGGUGAUGAUCUCCCGGGUGGUGCUGAAAAGCUUCACAGGCAUCCUUCUUUGGAAGAAGUCGAAGAUGAGGAGUUUGUUAUGUUCAGAAAGAAGUUUGGAAACUAA